AUGGCAGGUAAUGAAGAGCGUCCGGUGAUAGAAGCUGCAAGGCCCAAUCUGGCUCUUAUGACUCAGGCGAUUGUGAAGCCUGAUAUCACGGGGCAAUAUGUUAGCUUAUCUCAUGAGGACCCGCAGAGGCACAUUCAGAACUUCCUGAAAAUUACAGACACUUAUAAUUAUCCGAACGUUUCCAAGGACUAUGUCAGACUGACAUUAUUUCCCUUUUCACUGAUGGGAGAAGCUAAGGAAUGGUUACAAAAGGAGACCGCGAACUCAAUCCACAAUUGGGAUGAUCUAGCUAGGAAAUUCUUAAUUAAGUUUCUUCCCACAAAGAAGACAAAGUACAGAGGAGCCAGAUUCUUGGGUUUCAACAACGAGAUGACUGAUGAGGUAUUAGGUCACACUUUCGUUGAUGGGUUGGACGAGGCAUCAAAAAUGAAUCUUGACUCAGCAUGUGGGGGUAGUUGCAUGUCAAGACCGUAUAGUGAGAUCCAGAUCCUGCUAAACAAUUUCACUGCUAAUGAUAAUAAUUGGCAAGGAGAUGGGAAAGCACAAAGAGCACUUAAACAAAAGGCAGCAGGUGUGAUCGAUCUUGAUGAUUUCUCAGCAAUGAGGGCACAUAUAGCGAGAUUAGCAAAUCCGAUGAAUAAAAUGACAAUGCACCACACACAACAGAUGCAACAUGUGCAACAUAUGUCUACUUGCUGGGACUUAUAUGGUGAAGGUCACACAAGUGACAUAAGCCCCGUGAAUCCUGAAUCCAUCUACUGCGUGGGGCAACAAGCUAGAGGGCCGAUGAAUCAAAAUGCUCAAUAUGGUAACACAUACAAUUCAAACUGGACGAAUCAUCCUAACUUCUCUUGGGGUGGAAAUCAGAAUAUCAGGCCUCAAGUGAAUUACAAUCAUCCAUCUCAACCACCACAGAAAGCAGAGGAGAGUCUACCUGACAUGAUGAAAAAGCUCUUGAUAGAGAAUCAACAAGCCAGGGCAGAGAGUCAACAAGUCAGGGCUGAGAAUCAACAAUUGCGCACAAAGUUUAGAAAUCCAGAGAGGCAGUUUGGGCAGAUGGCUAACUUCAGAAUACUAGACCUGUUGGAGCUCUCCCAAGUAAUACAGAGAAAAAUCCUCAAGUCAAUGCAGUGA